ACAGAACCCAAUAAAGAGAGAAGAGCAAUGAGAGUCUCCCCUAUGAGUGGAGUAACCAAAGAGAGAGAAAAUGGGGUGAAACUGCACUGUCUCAGUUUGCAGCGGCUGGAGUUUUCCUAUCAUGGCUGCUGAUCACAACUCCAUUACCAGUGUUUUCAUUCUUUUGGCAUCUACUUGAUCCCAAAAAAGAGUGGAAAGAAUCUCUCUUUUUCAGUUUUCAUUGAAACCCAAUUGCUUGCUUUGAAUGUGAAUGGUGUUGUCUCCCCACCAGUACUGAAAUCAGUCAUUUAGUUCACUUGCUGAUUAGAAGUCCUGCAUCUGCUGUCAUUCAAAUCUUUUGGUGCAAGGAGCAAAAGACAGAACUGCAAAGCCGGGUAUUUGGCAGUGGAAGCUCGUUGGACUGAUACUCUGUCCUGGAUCCAAUAUCUAAGGCUUUGUUACUUGUAUAGGGACCCAUCAUUUUCCAAGUCAAAACCAGUUUUGUUGUUGUGUUGUGCCGGAAUCAUGGCAACCCUGUUACAGUCUGAGUCCAGACGCUUGUAUUCUUGGUGGUGGGACAGUCACAUUAGCCCAAAGAACUCAAAAUGGCUUCAGGAAAAUCUUACAGAUAUGGAUGCUAAAGUCAAAGCAAUGAUCAAGCUCAUUGAAGAAGAUGCAGACUCUUUUGCAAGGAGAGCAGAAAUGUACUACAAGAAACGCCCCGAGCUCAUGAAACUGGUUGAGGAGUUCUAUAGAGCGUAUCGUGCAUUGGCUGAGAGGUAUGAUCAUGCAACUGUGGAGCUGCGCCAGGCUCAUCGAACCAUGGCAGAAGCAUUUCCCAACCAAGUACCUUUUGAACUCGCCGAUGAAUCAUCCUCAGGCUCUUAUGGCCCAGAGGCUGGACCUCAUACACCAGAAAUGCUGCAUCCAGUUCGUGCCUUAUUUGACUCAGAUGACUUGCAUAAGGAUGCACUGGGACUCUCUUCAACUGAUUUACAUGAUUUGAAAAGGAAUGGAGGCUCCGACUCUGGAAUAAGCAAAAGAGGUCUGAAGCAGCUUAAGGAAAUGUUCAAUCCAGGAGAAGAGUUUAAUCCAAAGGUUGCGGGGGGAAGGUUUACCGAAGGCUUAAGUUUUCAUGAAGCAGAUGAAAGCAAACCAAAGUUACAGAAUGGGUACUCUCAGUUAACUAGUGAGAACCAGAGUCUCAAGAACCAGGUCCUCUCUCAAUCUGAGCGUGCUGUAAAAGCUGAAACUGAAAUCCAAAUCCUACAGAAAACUUUAUCUGAGAUACAAGCUGAAAAAGAUACAGUCCAUCAUCAGUACCAGCAGAGUUUGGAGAAGUUAUCUAAGCUGGGGAAAGAACUGAAUAAUGCUCAAGAGGCUGCUGGAGGGCUCAAUGAACGAGCCAGUAAAGCUGAUAUUGAAAUUACAAUACUGAAGGAAGCCCUUGGGGAAUUAGAAGCUGAGAGAGAUGCUGGUCUUCAUCAGUACAAUCGGUGUCUGGAAAGGAUAUCUAGCCUGGAGACCAUGUUAUCUUUUUCCCGGGAGGAUGCAAAAGGACUUAAUGAGCGAGCUGUUAAAGCAGAAACUGAAGCUCAAAAUCUGAAGCAAGAACUUUCUAAAUUAGAGGCAGAAAAGGAAGCCUGUUUUCUCAAGUACAAGCAAUGUCUUGAGAAGAUAUCUGCUCUGGAGGCUACGAUCUCAGCUGAUGAAGAAAAUGCCAGAAUCCUUAAUGAACAAAUUGAAAGAGCUGAAAGUGAAGUUAAAUCACUGAAGGAAGUUGUUGCUGUACUGAAGGAAGAGAAAGAAUCUGCAGCUCUACAAUUCAAGCAGUACAUGGAUACAAUAGCUAAGAUGGAAAGAGAACUUUCUCAAGCUCAAGCAGAUGCCGAAAGACUGAAUAGUGAAAUUUUGACAGGGGCAGCAAAAUUAAAAGGUGCCGAAGAACAAUGUGUUCUCUUGGAGAGAUCAAAUCAGUCUCUGCGGUUAGAGGCAGAUGGUCUGGUGAAGAGGAUUGCAACAAAAGAUGAAGAGCUUUCAGACAAGAAUGAUGAGAUGGAGAAACUUCAGAAUCUGAUGCAAGAGGAGCACUUGCGGUUUGUGCAAGCUGAAGCCACUCUCCAAUUUCUGCAGAAGUCGCAUUCUCAAUCCCAAGAAGAGCAGAAAGCUUUAGCCCUGGAGUUCAAAAACGGGCUUCAGAUGUUGAAGGACUUGGAGAUGAGCAAACAUGGUGUGGAGGAUGAUAUGCAACGGGUUAAGGGAGAAAAUAAGAGCUUGAAUGAACUGAACUUCUCUUGUACUAUCUCCAUUAAGAACCUGCAAGAUGAAAUCUUUAGCAUGAAGGAGAUGAAAGAGAAACUUGAAGAGGAGGUUAAGCUUAAAACAGACCAGAGCAAUGCUCUCCAGAGGCAAAUUUCCCAUUUGGAGGAUGAAAUUAAGGGGUUGAAUGGCAGAUAUCAGGCUAUUGUGGAGCAAGUGGAGUCAGUAGGUUUAACUCCUGAAUGCUUUGGAUCAUCUGUGAAAGACUUGCAAAAUGAGAAGUCAAGGCUAGAAGAUAUAUGCACAAGGGAUAGAGAAGACAGAGAACAUCUUUAUGAGAAGUUGAAGGAUAUGGGUAAACUUUCAAAGGAGAAUGCUGUUCUGGAGAGUUCACUUUUGGGUUUGAAUGGGGAGUUAGAGGGUUUGAGAGGGAAGGUCAAGGAAUUGCAGGAGUCUUGCCACUUCCUCCAGGGAGAAAAAGCCACUCUUGUUGCUGAGAAAUUUGCCCUGCUUUCCCAGUUGCAAAUUAUCACUCAGAACAUGCACAAGCUUUUCGAGAAGAACUCAUUGCUGGAAAGUUCCCUCUCCGGAGCAAACAUUGAGCUCGAAAAGUUGAGGGCAAGAGCAAAGAGCUUAGAAGAGCUGUGCCAGUUACUCAAUAACGAGAAGUCCAAUCUUCUUAAUGAGAGAGGCACGCUGGUGUUUCAGUUAAAUGAUGUUGAGGAGAGACUGCGAAGCCUGGAAAAGAGGUUUAAAAAAUUAGAGAAGAAGUACUCUAAAAUGGAGAAGGAGAAAGAGUCCACACUUGAUGCAGUAGAAGAAUUACGGGGUUCCUUGCAUGCAGAAAAACGAGAGCGUGCUAGUUAUAUUCGGUCAAGUGAAUCCCGAUUGGCAGGUUUGGAAAGCAAUGUCCAUCUCCUCCAGGAAGAAAGAAGGUUGGGAAAGAAAGAAUUUGAAGCAGAGCUUGACAAAGCUGUGAAUGCUCAGAUUGAGAUCUUUAUCCUUCAGAAGUUUAUACAAGAUCUGGAAGAGAAGAAUUUGACAAUAUACAUUGAAUGUCAGAGACAUGUUGAGGCUUCCAAGUUUUCUGAUAAGCUGAUCAAAGAGUUGGAGAGUGAAAAUCUUGAGCUACAGGUGGAAGAAGAAUUCUUAGUAGAAGAAAUCGAAAAGUUGAGGCUGGGAAUUUAUCAAGUGUUCAGGUCUCUGCAAAUCGAAACAGGUACACAUGAAGAUAAGAUUGAGCGAGAAAAAGUACUUGUGCUGCAAAUUUUGAAUGCUAUCAAGGACUUGAAAAGUUCUCUGGUUCAGAGCAAGGAUGAGGAGCAGCAGUUGCUGGUUGAGAAUUCAGUGCUCUUUACUUUACUUCGGGAGCUGAGAUCCGAAGGUGCAGAGAUAGAGUCGACAAAACAAACUUUGGAGCAGGAGUAUGAGGUAAUGGCAGACCAUUGUGCUAUGCUACAAAAUGACAAGCAUGAGCUUCUAGAGUCGCAAAGGCAGUUGAGGUUGGAAGUGACUGAGAAAGAGCAAAAGGAGGAAAUAUUAGAGGCUGAUUUGGAAAGUCUUCAAGGUAAGCUGGUGAGUCUGCAAGACGCAUACCUGAUUUUGCAGGAAGAACAAUCCAAGGUGCUUGAAGAGAGGAGAUCCUUGCUUAAGAAGCUUUUGGACCUGAAAGAGGAAAAGCAAGUCCUUGAAGAGGAUAAUAAUGCUAAUUUUCAUGAAGCACUGGCUUUCAGCAACCUCUCUAUGGUUUUGGAGAGCUUCACAAUUGAGAAAGUCGUGGAACUAAAAGCACUUGCUGACGAUCUUGAUGGUCUUUGUGCUACUAACAAUGACCUUAAAGAUGCGGUUAGAACGUUGGGUGAGAAGUUAGUGAUGAAAGAAGUAGAGAAUCUACAUCUGAAUGAUAUGGUUCAAUUGUUGGACAAGGAACUGUGUGAAGCCAGUGACUUGAAUGGUUUACUAAGCCAUCAAAUUUCAAUUGGAAAGGAUUCUCUCAAACAGAAAAACAUGAAGCUCUCAGAGGUAGAAGAGAAGCUUCAAAAGACAGAGGACUUGAAUGUGGAAUUAUGCAGAACUGUUGAGGAGCUGAAGAUGGAAUAUGAAGAGUCAAAAAUAAUGGGUCAAAAUUAUGAGAAGCAGAUUCUCCAACUAUCUGAAGUCAGCACUAUUCAGAAAAAGGAAAUGAAUAGCCUGCGUGAAGCAAAUGAAACUCUGGAGGAUGAAAUCUUAUGUAAAGCGAUUGAAAAAGAAAUCGAAACUCUGCACCUGAGUGAGACAGCCCAAUUGUUGGACAUGGAAUUGUGUGAAGCCAAGGACUCAAAUGAUCAACUGAGCCAUAGAAUCUUAGUUGGAGAAGGUUGUCUGAAACAGAAAACUACGGAGCUUUCAGAAGCAGAAGAGAAGCUUAGACAGACAGAAGACUUGAAUGUUGAACUAUGCAGAAAUGUUGAGGAACUGAAGGUGCAACAUGAAGAAUCAAAACUCAUAAGAGAAAAUUGUGAGAAGGAGAUUGUGGAGCUAUCCAAAGAUAACACAAAUCAGAAAAUGGAAAUUGAGAGCCUUCGUGAAGCAAAUGGAACUCUAGAGAUUGAAGUGGGUGUCUUGUGUGAAGCAAUUGAAGAAUACAAAAUUAGAGAAGACUAUAUGAGUUCAGAGCUGCAAGAAAGAAGCAAUGAGUUUGAACUCUGGGAGGCUGAGGCUACAACAUUCUACUUUGAUCUUCACAAUUCUGUUGUCCGUGAAGUUUUUCUUGAAGAUAAGGUUCAUGAGCUUACAGAAGUCUGUGAGAGAAUUAAGGAUGAAGAUGCUGCAAAAUUUGUGGAGAUUGAACAAAUGAAAGAAAGAGUUAGCAUCUUGGAAAGUGAAGUUGGAGGUCUGACGGCCCAGUUGUCUGCAUAUGCUCCUGCCAUAGCCUCUUUGAGAGAGAAUGUAAUUUCUCUUCAGCAAAAUGCCCAUCUUGGGAAGAAGCUUUUUGUGGAAAACAACCAGCAACACAAGGAGGGCAAACUGCCAAAUAAUCUAUAUCAGAGGAGCUCUCAAGAUUACAAAGAAGACCAAAGCACUUUGAUAUCAAAUGGAAUUUCUGAAUUGGAAGAAAUGCAGACUAUGAUCAAAGAAGUUGAAAAGGCAGUUAUUGAAGAAACGGAAAGGCUUUCAAUUGAAUUAGUUGAAAAGGAAAUGGUGGAAGAAAUUGAAAGGCUUAUAACAAAGGAAAGGGCAGAGGCCUUGGUACAGACUGAAGAAGUAAAAUCAACAGGCAACUCGCAUCAAGAAAAUGGUAGCAAAGGAGAAGAGGUGGAACCUGUGAAUGAGUACUCGGAUGAUAAUCUGAAGUUGGGCAAACCUGAAAAGGCAGUUAUUGAAGAAACGGAAAGGCUUUCAAUUGAAUUAGUUGAAAAGGAAAUGGUGGAAGAAAUUGAAAGGCUUACAACAAAGGAAAGGGCAGAGGCCUUGGUACAGACUGAAGUAGUAAAAUCAACAGGCAACUCGCAUCAAGAAAAUGGUAGCAAAGGAGAAGAGGUGGAACCUGUGAAUGAGUACUCGGAUGAUAAUCUGAAGUUGAGUAAACCUGAAAAGGCAGUUAUUGAAGAAACGGAAAGGCUUUCAAUUGAAUUAGUUGAAAAGGAAAUGGUGGAAGAAAUUGAAAGGCUUACAACAAAGGAAAGGGCAGAGGCCUUGGUACAGACUGAAGUAAAAUCAACAGGUAACUCAAAUCAAGAAAAUGGUAGCAAAGGAGAAGAGGUGGAACCUGUGAAUGAGUACUCGGAUGAUAAUCUGAAGUUGAGUAAACCUGAAAUAAGGCUUUUGACGAAAGACAUUCCGCUUGAUCAUGUUUCAGAUUCUUCAUUCUAUGGAAGAAGCAGGAGAAAGAAUGGUAGGGCUGAUGAUCAGAUGCUCGAGUUAUGGGAAGCAGCCGAACAGCAUUGCCUCCAGGAUCCAGCAGCCAAUAUCAGGCAAGACCAGGCAUCCCCACCAACUGAAGAUGUUACCCCCUACCCUCGGUUUGCAAACUCACGGAGGACGACUCGAAAGUCUCCUUCAGAAGUUCAGGUUGAGAAGGAGUUGGGCAUUGACAAGCUGGAGGUGUCCUACAGUAUUCGACAACCAAGUCAUGAUGGCAAGAAGGAAAAGAUCUUGGAGAGGCUUGCUUCUGAUGCUCAGAAACUGAUGUGUCUACAAACGUCUGUGCAAGACUUGCAUAAGAAGGUGGAGACUAACAAGAAGGGUAAGAAGAUCAACAGCUCUGAAUACGAAACGGUGAAAAGACAGUUGCACGAAGUUGAGGAUGCGGUUGUGCAGCUGGUGGAUAUUAAUGAUCAGUUGAAAAAGAAUGUUGAAGAGUUUCCAUCUCUGGACGAGCAGACUUCCAUAGAGUUGGAGGAGGCUGGAAAUCUCAGCAGAGAGGGAGUAACCGAACAAGCAUGGAAAGGAUCUGAGAAGAUUGGAAGGUUGCAGUUUGAGUUGCAGAACAUCCAAUAUGUUUUGGUGAAAUGGGAGGGUGAAAAGAAAAGGAAAGGGAGGCAUGGAUUUUAUGUGAGUAGAACAGGUCUUCUCCUGAGGGAUUUUAUUUACAGUGGCAGAAGUAGUAGUGAAAGGCGCAAGAAGGGUUGUUUGUGUGGUUGUAUGAGACCAUCAACGAGAGGAGAAUAAGGUAGCCACUUGGAGGAAAGCCUUUCUUUAUUUUCUGUAAGCUUCCUCGUAAUGGUCCUACUCUUUUAUGUUCAGGGGAUCAUAUCUUGGAGUAGUUAGUUAAAGUUGAAAUGUACUAGCUUUUGGAUGCUCCUGUAAGAAUUAGGGUUUACCUAACCAUAAUAAGCUGCUGCUUCGUUCAGCUUUCUAUCCCAUAACAAUAAAAGCUAUGUCAUUUUGAUGGAGAAACUUGGUAGUACAACUUUUUUUUUUU